GAGGGGAGUGCGUGUGUGUGAGGGGUGAGGGCGGGCGGCUCGCGUGUGUGUGUGCGCGCGUGGGUGCGUGUGAGAGGCUGAGGGAGACGGACGGUGGGAGUGGGUGCUGGGCCGGGGGCCCGCAGCCCCAGCCGGGCUGGCCGCGGGGAGCAUGGGAAGGGCUUAACGCGGCGGACCGGCCGAGCGAGCGGGCGACGGGCGGGCGGGCGGACGGACGGACGGGACCACGGGCUGCCCGCUGCCGCCGGACGGGGCCGGCCGGGCCGCUGCCCCCCGCCGCGCCGACAUGGGAUCCUGAAGUUGCACCGGCCGCUCGCUGCUCUGCCCCGGGACCAGGCCUGACAGGUUAUUACAUGUGUGCUCCCUGGUCCUGGGCUUGGCUGGAAUGCUCGGGGGUACAGAAGAUCCUUCUAGAACCUCCCUUUUCCUACCCCAUUUUGAGAAGAUGGCAAAAGUCAACAUAACUAGAGACCUCAUUCGUAGGCAGAUAAAGGAGCGGGGUGCAUUGAGCUUUGAGCGGCAUUAUCAUGUCACGGACCCAUUCAUCCGGCGGCUGGGCCUAGAAGCUGAACUCCAGGGUCACUCAGGAUGUGUAAACUGCCUGGAAUGGAAUGAGAAAGGAGACUUGCUAGCCUCUGGCUCUGAUGACCAGCACACCAUCGUGUGGGAUCCCUUGCACCACAAGAAGCUCCUCUCCAUGCACACAGGGCACACAGCUAACAUCUUUUCUGUCAAGUUUCUGCCUCAUGCUGGGGACCGGAUCUUGAUCACGGGAGCAGCUGAUUCUAAAGUGCACGUGCACGACCUGACUGUGAAAGAGACGAUCCAUAUGUUUGGAGACCACACAAACCGAGUGAAGCGCAUCGCCACAGCCCCGAUGUGGCCCAACACAUUCUGGAGCGCGGCCGAGGAUGGGCUCAUCCGUCAGUAUGACCUUCGAGAGAAUAGUAAACACUCAGAGGUGCUGAUCGACCUGACUGAGUAUUGUGGCCAGCUGGUGGAGGCCAAAUGCCUCACAGUCAACCCCCAAGACAACAACUGCCUGGCAGUAGGAGCCAGUGGACCCUUUGUGCGACUCUAUGAUAUCCGAAUGAUCCAUAAUCACAGAAAAAGCAUGAAACAAGGCCCCUCCGCUGGUGUGCACACGUUCUGUGACCGACGGAAGCCGCUCCCCGAUGGUGCUGCCCAGUACUAUGUAGCAGGGCACUUACCAGUGAAGCUGCCAGACUAUAAUAACCGCCUUCGUGUGCUGGUUGCUACCUACGUCACCUUCAGUCCCAAUGGCACCGAACUGUUGGUCAACAUGGGAGGGGAACAGGUUUAUUUGUUUGACCUGACAUACAAGCAGCGACCAUAUACCUUUCUCCUGCCAAGGAAAUGUCAUUCAUCAGCAGAGGUCCAGAAUGGCAAGAUGUCCACCAAUGGCAUGUCCAACGGGCUCCACCUGCACAGCAACGGUUUUCGAUUGUCGGAGGGCAGAGCACAUGUUAGUCCCCAAGCCGAGCUGCCUCCAUCCCUAGAGCGAGUAAAGCAGCAGGCCAAUGAGGCCUUUGCCUGUCAGCAAUGGACUCAGGCCAUCCAGCUCUACAGCAAAGCUGUGCAGAAGGCCCCCCACAAUGCCAUGCUCUACGGGAACCGAGCCGCUGCCUACAUGAAGCGCAAGUGGGAUGGGGACCACUACGAUGCCCUAAGGGAUUGCCUCCGAGCCAUCUCCCUGAACCCAUGCCACUUGAAGGCCCAUUUCCGCCUAGCCCGUUGCCUCUUCGAGCUCAAGUACGUGGCUGAGGCCCUGGAGUGUUUGGAUGACUUCAAAGGGAAGUUCCCAGAGCAGGCCCACAGCAGUGCCUGUGACGCUCUGGGCCGAGACAUCACAGCAGCUCUCUUCUCCAAGAGUGAUAGUGAGGAGAAGAAGGGGGGCGGCCCCGUACGCCUGAGGAGCACCAGCCGGAAGGACUCCAUCUCAGAGGACGAGAUGGUGCUCCGGGAGCGCAGCUACGACUACCAGUUCCGGUACUGUGGGCACUGCAACACCACCACCGACAUCAAGGAAGCAAACUUCUUCGGCAGCAACGCACAAUACAUCGUCAGUGGCUCGGACGAUGGCUCCUUCUUCAUCUGGGAGAAAGAGACCACCAACCUGGUGCGCGUGCUGCAGGGGGAUGAGUCCAUCGUCAAUUGCCUGCAGCCCCACCCCAGCUACUGCUUCCUGGCCACCAGCGGCAUCGACCCCGUCGUGAGGCUCUGGAAUCCUCGGCCCGAGAGUGAAGACCUCACUGGCCGAGUGGUGGAGGACAUGGAGGGGGCUUCUCAGGCCAAUCAGCGCCGCAUGAAUGCCGACCCGCUGGAGGUGAUGCUGCUCAACAUGGGCUAUCGGAUCACAGGCCUGAGCAGCGGAGGCGCCGGGGCUUCUGAUGACGAGGACAGCUCGGAGGGGCAGGUCCAGUGCCGGCCCAGCUAAGGCUCAGCCCACACCUCCUGUCUCCUCAUAGACGAGGAGAGGAGGAAGAGGAGGAGGAGGGGUUUAGUUUUGGUUUUUCUUUUUGUUUUUGGGUUUUUUUAUUCCCCUCCAGACCCCCUCCCCCGUUUUGUUUGUUUGUUUGGGGGUGGCGGGUGGGGGACGGUACAGCUCCUUGGCUUCCAGACUCUCGGGGGUGAUGGCCCCAGACCCAGAGCAGAAGCUUCUCCCAGCAGUCUCCCUCCUCCUGCCCCUAACUGCAAGUCCUCUGAAAUCAGGCUGCUGGGAAAGGGGCUUAGGCAUGUGUGAGGGCAAGAACAGAGCCCCCAUUCCUGGAGCCCCUCGGUGACUACAGAGGGGGUUAUGGGGGGGAAGGGGGAAUCCCGGGCUGCAGGUGCCCUUAGCUGUGCUGAGCACCUAUCCCCGAGUCUCUGGAGAACUGGCCUGCCUCCCUGAGUCCUCCGGGGCAGUUGGGACAAGGCCUUUGCAGAGCCCGGCAUCCGCUCGGUGUUCCUGCCGCUUCUUUCGCGGAGGGAGGGUCCCGAGUGUGCGAGCAGAUGGAGGGAAAGCAGACCCCCCCCCCCCCCCCCCGACUAGACUGCAGAGGCCGGCCCAGCCUGGUAGAAGGGGGCUCUGUGGCCUUCCCGGGUGUCUGGCCCUCCAUGCUCUGUUAGCAGUCUCAAAUAACUCAUCCCCUUGAUCUUCCUGGGAAAGUGGUUGGGGCCUAGAGCCACUGGCCCUGGCAGAGAAUAGCCUUUCACUACGCUAAUGCCCCCUCUCCAACUCUGCUUGGACUCACUGUGACCUCUGCCCCGGAGCCUCCGCCCCGCCACCGCCCCGUCUCUUCCAGCAUCAAGGCCAAGCAUAACGAGGGCCUGCCCCGGCCGGGGAGCUCUCCCCAACCCCGUUCUGUCCAUUUUAUGUUCCCUCUUGUGCCGAGCCUCUGGACACCAAGGAUGGGAUGGCUUUUCUGUCUCCUGCUCUGUAGGGGCCUCCUCACCCUGUAUGGACAUCUGCACCGGCUGGUGGAGGCAGGGGCUCAUUCACCCUCCCCCACAUCCUUCUCUACCUGUAGAGGGCCACCCGGCCCAGACUCCCCCCUCCCCCCUCCAAGCUAAGGACACUUGGGAAAGGUAGAUGCCAUUCUCUCCACCUUCCGGUCAGAAGGGGACUCCUCUGAGCACUUCCCUGCCUCUGCUGGGUAUCCAGGCUGGGAUCAUUUUAAAAUCCAAUUCAUUGUUUUAAAAGCAAAAUUGGGGGAGGGAAGAUGGACACUGAAGGUAUCGGGGCAUCUUUCUGCUGCUUCACUCCCAGCAAGGCAGGGGCGGCUUUUCCCCAACUUCUUUCCCUCACCAUCCCCCUCUUUCCUCCAUCCUGCCCUCGCUUGGUAAUGAAGUAUAUUUAUUGGUGAAGGAGACAGCUGCUGCUGGGACUCCCUCUCCCCUCUGUGUUCCCUCACUUCUCUAGCCCAGAGAGUGAGAGGGGGGCAAGCAGGACCCCCUGGGGAGGGGAGGGAAGGCCUGGCAUAGCCCCUUAGCUUUCCUGCCUCUUAAGACCACACUCACUCUGCUCCAGCCCAGGGCCCCUUCCCCCACAGUGUGGAAGAAACACAAAAGCCUUACUGUCCACUUGGGCAGGAGCAGAAUAUUUUUGUUCCUCUGCCCCCCCCUCCCUCCCCACCCCCAGCAGAGUGAGGGUGAUGAUGCAAUUGAUUAAAAACAUUUUGUUCUAGG